AAACAAUCAAACACAACCGCCAAAUACCGGGUAAUUUGAGUGUUAUAUAAAUGUAAAUUGUGCAAAAUUAAUCUUUUAUAUGAGAUGCUGUGUUUCAAAACUACACAGGAAACAUCGUGAAUCAUGGAGAAUUUAGAUCAACAUACUAGUGGAACAAUGGAACAACUUUUGAAAAGAGCUUAUACUGUUCAUAAAGAUGUGAUAAAAGGAGUAACUGUAAAUUUGACAAAGUACAAAGCAGCAUACACCAAAACUGUAGAAAAGUGCCAUCAGCUACAAAGAAUCAAUGAUGAACUGGAAUCCGAGAACAGAAAGUUGAGUACCGCCAUCACAACAAAACAGGGCAGAGAUGGAAGCUGCUGUGAGGUUAUCCGACAGUCCCUGGAUACUGUUAUAUCAUCAUACAAACAGAUGCUGGCAGACAAAGAUACAAGAAUCUAUCAGCUGGAGGAUGAGCUGAACAGGCUGAGAAGAAGUGCAGGGAAUGUUAGUUCUGAACAAUUGUGUGUGAAAAGCAGCCUUGUCUUCCCACAAACUUCACCGGAGGAGCAUGUUGAACAGAAUCCUGAUUCUACAUCAUGUACAACACCGAAGGUAUCCAGACAAAGGCUUAACUUGCGUCUGGAAACCUCAGCUAUUUCUCCAGAUGAGGAACUAGUAUUUGAUACAAGUACAGAUGAUACUGUAAAAUUGAAGUUAAAUCGAAAAAGGAGUAAAAGAAGCAGAUAUUCAGAGGAUGUAUCACCAGAUCACAAGAAGCCGCGCAAGUUAUCACCACUGACCGAAACAGUAAAAACUGCCAAUAAACAUAAAGCUCAAAGUAGUGACAGUAGUGACACACAAAAUAAAGAAACAAAACUUUCUGAAACAGCAAAUAAUAAAACAGUUGAAAAGGGAAGGAAUGGAAAAAGAAAGAAAGAUAGUCAUAAAAUACUUGUAUCUGAUACAUGUGUACCAGAUCUAAAUGAAUCUCUUGUAUCGAAAGGUUUUGAUACGGGAGGUCCUAAUGGUCGUAAGGAAUCUGAUCUUGUAUCAAGAAAACAGUUUGAUACAAGUGUUUUAGUUGUGCCAGAAACACUUGCUGUAGAUAUGGACGAUACGUUUGUACCUGAAGAUAGCUCUGGGAAAACAUUUGGUAAAGCAGGUGAAAAGUUUGAACCAGAACUGACAGAUAUUUCUGAAGGUUGUGAGGAAUCUAAUACUUUAUGUGCAAGUAAUGAUGAAACCAAAGUCGAAACGGAUUUUGCUGAUCAACAUUUGAAGAAAAGCCUGAUUGAAACAAAAGCCAAAACCAAAAGGCACAAGUCAGUAGAGAUUCCGGAAAGUUUUAGAAGUAUUUUGGAAAGCUCAGAGAGUGACAGUGAAAAAGGAAAGAAAAGUGACUCUUGUGAUUUGGAUCUUGAUUGUGAUAGUCUUGUCAAAGAUUCAGAUGAAGAAACUUUCUUUGAUAGUUUACCAAGUUCACAAACAUUUGUAAAGUCCAAGCCCAAAGGUAAACUUGGAAAUGAUAAUACUGACAGAAACACAAGAAACACUUGUAAAAACAUGGAAGAAGUUAAUGCUUUAUUUGAAACACCUGCCAGAAAAGACAGCACAAAUGAAAACUCAGAAAAAGCUCCCAAUGACACUGGUACUAGAAAACCAUUAUUUAAAAAAGGUAAAAAGGAAAACCUACAGAAAGAGGUGCAAAAUGAAGUAAUUUUGAGACGAUCACCAAGGAAACACAAACCAGUUAAAACAUACAGGCCACCACAAACACCUACAAAAGUAAGAACCAAAUUAGAUCAGGGCAGUAGUAGUCCUAAAGGUAAAAGAGAAAGUCAAAUAAGAAAUAACGAAGGUUUUGUUUCUGAUGACUCGGAUAAUGAUCUAACUAUAGCCCCAGAACACAGUGUUGAUCAUCAAACAGAAUGUGAAAGUGAGACAAUAGAUUGUUAUAAUGUCAUGCCUGUUAAAGAUGGUAACCUUGUUCCAAGCAGAAAAUUUCAAGUGAAAGUUAAAGGAAUGAAAAAAUCAAAUAACUCAAAAGCACUAAAUGAGCCACUAGAUUGUGAGAGACGAACUGUCCAGAUUGUAAAUGUUAAUGAAACUUUGAAGUCACCUUCGAUUUUAGGUCAGGAUCUGAAAUCGAACAGUGCUGUUGGGUCUGAAGUUAUAGCUAUAAAUAGUUCCAGUAGUAGAAGUUCGGGUAAUGGUGAUAAUAACAAUUCAAAUGCAGAGUCACCAUUGAUGUUUAAAACUGAUAGGAAUAAAGAACACAUUGAUGAUGAUUUGGAAAUUGUAGACUGGAAAUCUACAAAAUCAAGGAAGAAGAAAAGUGACUCUCAGAAUUCACUAUCAUUGUCAUCAAAACGGACAAGUUUGAGGUCUUCACAGCAUGGUGAUCAAUUCAAGAAGCCAGGAAAAGAUGUUAUUAGUAUAACACGAAAGUCUUCACCAAAAGGUCUCCAACAAACCACAUUGACACAGAAAUUUUUCAGUCCAAAAAAAAUGUCAAAAAAGAAAAACACUGAAGUGGGGGAACAAAGUAAAAUAGAAACAAUGAAACUAGAUAAAGAAUGCAGUGUUCUUAGGGAGUUAAAAGAUCAAAAUGGAAAUUCAGGUGUUGGAGGAAGGUUAAAUGGAAGUCUGGACCCAUCAGCUGAACUUUCGGAAUGGUGCAAGGAUCCAGAAACAUUACCAUCUCUUGAUACAGAUUUCUGUGAGGCUGACUUACGUAGUGGUGAGAAUUCUCCACCAAAGACAUCAACACUGGCUGUUGAGGACACUCAGGAUAUACCAUGUAGUUCAACCAGCUAUAAAUUCCUACCCAAGAAACCCAGAAGAAAAGACAUUGAAAAUACUGACCCACAAAGAGCAGCUGUAGACAUAGAUGAUAGUUUUGACAGGUUACCUAAGAAUAAAGGUUCUGGCAUUGCUCAUGUAGCUGUUGUUAGGAAACGAGAUGAGAGACAGAAAUUGCAGGGACAUGGCUGUAAGGAAUGUUUACAGUACUACAAGUCUGCAGGACGUUCAGAUGAAGAGAUAAAACAGCACAUGCACCAGUGUUCACGUCAUCGAGCCCAGUAUGUUCCACCCGAUACACCACCUCAUUUCUGGUCUGUUGGGUUUAUAGAGACACAGGAAAAUGAUGAUACAGUGGUGAAGGAAAGUGAAAUUGGUUUAGAAGAGGAAUCUGAUGUACAGACAUACAGAAGAAGAAAAAGACUCAAUAAAUGCUUCAGAUCGAAAAAUGAAAAUUCAGUUUUGGAAGAUGAUACUUAAAAUACUUAUUAAUCUCAUAUUAUGUCUGACUUUCCUAAUUUCUUUAGUAGUAUUUCAUUUCAUAAUAAGAUAAAAGUUGGUAAGUGCAUACACUGUAUGGUUUUACAUAGCACUCCAAAUCGAUAAUUAUUAUUACCUGUAUAUAGAUAAUUGUGAAUAUAUUCAGAACUGGAUUUUGUUCUUGAAUGGUAUUUAUUUAAUGUUGCUCUUUUGUUAAACCUUUAUUUAGAUUAUACUCUUGUUAUUUAUGUUGUUUUAUGGGUUAAGGUAUUUACUAUUUUCUCACCACUUGCAGAUUGAGUUUUAAAGAAAAUAGCACUAAUUUUUGAAAACGGUGUGAUUAAAAUGUUCAACAUAGAUUCAAUUUAAUUUCUCUGGUUUAAAAUUAAAUUCAGCACCAUUAAUUUUUUCUGCAGAAUAUGGGUUUGUUACAAACAUCUUCUUGUUAAAUUGUUAGAAAGUUACAUUCAGAGUUAAACUGCAUGAAGUCUAUGGAAAAAGUUGCAUUUUCAACCUAACAGUGGAUUUUAUUGUUAAAAGUGAAAAGGUACAUCUUGAGAUGUUUUUUUUUAUCAAAGAAGAAAAUCUAUCAACAAAUUUAAUGUAUGUAUUCUUCAAGUAUGGUGCUUAAACGAUGGUAGGACAGACCUUUGGUACCUUAAACAUUAUUCUUCCAGGAAAAAUCCAUGCAUAUUUCCGAUGUCACAUUGAUGUACAGUGUAACCUGCUUUAGUCUUCUAUUAAGCAGCCAACCUGUCUUAAGCAGCCAGUGUCUCAUUUCCCAAACUGGUCUUUCAUUCUUUAAAUUACCUGCAUUAAACAGCCACCUGCUGUAAGCAGCCACUUUUUAUUUCUCCCAUGGCUGGCUGCUUAAGACAGGUUUUACUGUAUUAUUUUGUGCCAUAUAGGAGUGCUACUAUAUUUGAUCUACUGUGUUAUAUAAAAGAAGUUUCAGAAAUGGUGUAUCAGAAUGAUGUUACUCAUCUGUAAAGAUUAAUAGGUGUGAAAACUUAUACCUUAGGAGAGCAAAGACAUGUAAUGAAUAUCUUGGGACAUGCUACUUCCCAUAUUAAAACACAGUUAUGAUUGACAUCACAGCGACCUACUGUACUGGGCAUCAUACAUUUUAAAUAAAGACAUGAUGCAGAACCAUGUUUUAACAUAUCUCAGCAAUACGAAUUGGUUAUACGCCCUCAUGAAAUAAAUUCUGCAAGCUUGUAACAUUGAGGUUCUGCUAUAUAUUAUUUGGGAAAUAGAUUUUAGUUUUGCAUGCUUUUUUGGCAAAUAAAACACGGUUUUGAGUUCAGAUGCGUAAUCCAAUCACAAAGGCCGAAUGCCUGAGUGAUUUAUUAUGAGGCAUCUGAAUGAAAUACUGUAAACCUAGAAAUGUUCGCGGAUACUAUAUUUCGCGUUUCCAAAACAUGAACAUUUUUGCGGAUACAAAUCUUUGCGGAAUCAUAUCCAUCGCGAAUCCUGCGAAUAUGAAGUCGCAAGUGAACAUAUUUAGUAUUAUAAGGUAAGUAUCACUGCAUUGUUGCAUUUAUAGUAUUCUCGAAAACAUUGUUUUAUUGUAUCCUUCAAUUAUAAAUGCACCCUAAUCCCAUCCAUAUCAACGGUUAUUCACACCUCCAAUUAUUGACAGUCAGUAAAUUGCUGUUAUUACACUGUCAUUUGUUUGCCAUUUAAAUAGGCGAUUAAUCCACACUUUGCAGAAAUAAACACAAUAUUUUACUUGCAAAUAAUAUAUCGUAUUGGCUGCAAACUGCAUGUUUAUGUCGUUCGAUAGAUGCAUAUUGUUUUUGUUUUUAUCCCCUGUUUGUCUUACGGAUCGAUAUUGAAAAAUUAAUGCUGUUGCUUCAUAAAUAAGUAAAUUGUAAAUCAAUUGAAAUAAUAUGGAUUUGUGCACUCAUGUUAUACAGUUAUGGUGCUAGAAUAUGAAUUAUUAAUAUCCAGGUAUGUGUAAGCACAAAACCAUUUUAUAGCGAUCUAUAUAAGCUGAAGCUAGAAUAUUUCACGUUUUUGUUAGAACAGAGUUUUUCGCGGCUAUUUAAUUUCACGGAAAUAUACUACCCGCGAAAGGCGCUAAUUUAAAUACCGCGAAAACAAUUCUAGGUUAACAGUAAUGUGUUUUAUUUGCCAACAAAGCAUGCAAACUAAAAUCUAUUUCCAUUCUAACUUGUUUGAAUUACACCAGGAAGGGAUACUAAUCUGGCAGUUUUAAAUAUGAGGGAGUAAAUUGAAAUAGCCCAAAGUAGGUCAUUUUGUGAAACAUGUUCUAAUCAAAAGAAAAUAAACAGUAAAAUCCUUCUUUGUUUAUAUAAUAGAAAGUCAUAAAAGUGUUAGAAUUCUUAAUUACAUCAGGCUGAUAGUGGAAAAUUACAUAUUACUCGUGGUAUUGCACUUUGUUUCUUAAAAGUUGAAAGUGGACGGGUGACAUUGCAUUUUCUGUCGAAGGACUUAAUCAUUUGAUGAUUUAAAUUGUAUAUUCAAUAAAGAAUUUGUACAUAAAGGUAUAAAAGUAUGAAAAAGAUAAUCAAGCAGCACUUCUGGGUUAGCUGGAUAAUGAUGGAGAGAAAACAUCAUCAUUUUGCCCCAAGUGGCAUUAUCACGUUUGAUUUAAGCCAGUUUCUGUUGUUUUUUAUUUCAUGGUUGUCCUGUACUUGACAUUUUGGUAACAUUUUCAAGGAGAUAUUUUGCAUUUAUAAGAAGAUAAACAAACUUUGUCUUCAUACACAUAUUUUAACUGUCAGUUUGGAAGAUGUUUAGUAGUAUUGACCUGUCAAGACAACAGAUCUCGGAGGGGUUUUUUUGGUUUCUAGGUCAUGUAUGAGAAUAAAGUUAGUAUUAUUUUUGAAACGGGCCUAGCUUUGUGUGAUAGCUGUCGGAAGAUUGUUUAUUUUAUAUAGACCAAAUAGCAAAAUUAUUUACUACUGUCCUGCCUAUACAUAUACAUUGUUUUUUAUUUAUAGAAGAUAGUGCAUAUAUAAGCCGUGCCAUGAGAAAACCAACAUAGUGGCUUUGCGACCAGCAUGGAUCCAGACCAGCCUGCGCAUCCGCGCCGUCUAGUCAGAAUCCAUGCUGUUCUCUUUUAAAGCCUACUGCAAUUAGAGAAACCGUUAGCGAACAGCAUGGAUCCUGACCAGGCUGUGCAGGUGUGCAGGCUAGUCUGGAUCCAUGCAGGUCGCAAAGCCACUUUGUUGGUUUUCCCAUGGCACGGCUCAUAUUUGUAUUGAACAUACCUCAGGGUUCUACAAGAUUUUAAAUUUGUCAGUAAAGUUACAGGAGAUAUUGCCUCACUUACAUAUUUUGUAGUAAGUUUUGCUUUAGCUAAAUGAUGUUUAUAGCCAGCAAACUAAUGCUAGUUCUAGAAAUGUUAGAAUUUUGUGAAAAACUUUUGUUGAUGAAAUUACAGCUAGAGUGCACUUCUAUUAGGCAUUCUUUUGUCACCGAAUUUUAGAGUUUUAAAAAAUUUAUAUUCCACUUAUGAAUUGAUUGAUUGAUUGAUUGAUACUUCCUGCAAUGUGAUCUCCCGCGCGGGAGGGUCAAAAUCCCGAUUUUUUCACCUUGCCUCCCGUCUCCCGACCAAAACCAUAUUUCUCCCGGUUUUCAAAAAAAAAAAAUGUAUUAUGACUGGGUUGAUAAUUACCGAGGAGUGGAGUGCCAAACAUGUUUACACAGUAAAUCAAAGUGUCACCGACUGUGUAUUAUACAUUAGCUGGAGGAAAUAGUUGUUUUUCACAGGUGAAUUAUUAAUUGUUUGUUUUGAUAAGGGAUUAGACAAGCAGGGCCUUUUCCACCUGUCUCACGGGGCCGAAUAUCGGCCCAUUCUCAAUGCCAGUUAGGCUCCAUUUUUUACCAAUUUGAAGCAAAAAACUCCUAGUCAUAAGAAAUAAUUCCCAACUGAAAUGAAUUUUAAUUAUUCAAAGAAAAGCUUUGUUCGGUAAUAAAAUCACAUAAUUGUUGGAAAAACCAACCCAUUACUAUUUUUAGAACAGGAGUGUUAUUUCCCCUUUUGCAGUUACGCCAUUUUCUUCCAAUGUUUACCAAAUUAAUUUCUUACUAAAAUCGGACUUAUUUCAUUGAAAAUUGGAUGAAAAUACACACUCAUUUAUUUGAUAACAUCAAUCUACAUUAUUUUGGUAAGGGUAAAUACAUGUUGAUGCAUUUCUGUUCUCUAUUUUUCAUGUCAAAAUCAUCAGUAUUUUUAUACGAAAGUGGGUGGGGUAAGGAAAUUACAUAAUUUAUGUGUUGUGUUCAGACCAAUUUAGAGUCGUUUUUUUUCAGUCCUCGAGUUGAAUAAUGUUAAUGCAUGUUCACCACCAUUUCAGACCUAAAUUCAGACUUUGUUUCUACAAAUUUAAUCUGUUAAGAAAGUUUAAAGUUAGAACAAAAGAGAGCUUCUGUAAAACAGCAUGCUUGACUUUUCUCAGUGAUUGACUCUGAAUUAAAGCUUUGCCAGUAAAAGGAGCAAUUAAAGCUUUGCCAGUAAAGGGGCAUAAUAGUCAAUAGCUUUGAAUGUAACAGAGAUAUUAGACAUUAUAUAAAACUUAAUCAAAAAAAAUGUAAGUUAAAAAGUGGCAUAACGCUGUCAAAAUUCAAACCAAGAGUUAUGAGGAUUGUUUCUUAGAACUGGUGUAUACAUUAUUGUGUGGCCAAAAAUAUUGGCUUUUGUCUCUAAGUUAUGUGUCCGCACGCUUAAUUUAUGUCGAUAAAAAACCUCCAGUUUUGAGACCCCAACUCCAGCUGAAAAAUGGCAAACCUCCAGUUUUGGGAUUCUGUACUUAUCACAUGUAUGAUACUUCAGUGAUUCAAUUAUUUAGAUACAAUUAUACACUAGUGUUUGAUGAUAAAUUGAGAUCUUCAGUGAUUAUCGAUGUUAUUCAUAUUAUUACAGUAAUGCUUGAAGAAAAUUAAACAGAGAAUAAUUACAUA